AUGUCUAGACCUAUGCAACGUCAGUGGAGCGCUCCAGCCAGUCAGAACACUAGCAAACCGACUCAGCUAUCAAACACUGAUAAAAUCCGCCUAUUUGAUCAAGCCUUCUCGUCACAAAGCAAAUCGCCAAGUGCCUCUGCAAACGCUUCUGUUGUAACUGAGGAUUUGGGAAAUGAUGAUGAAGAAACGAUCAAUCUCACCACUGCAUACUCUGCGAUUGCAUCCAAUGUUCAACACAGCAAAGUCAACUUCUUCAUGGACACUGGGUCAAACAAAGACAUAUUCAAUGAUGUCAAAGUCUUUGAUAAUCUCCAUUCCAUUCAGCCUGUCACCAUCAAAUCAGCAAACGGAGGCGUCAUAAUUGCGACUCAAGCUGGUGAUGUGACUGUGAUCACUUAG